UUGUUGUGUUGGCCGCGGCGCAGAAACCCAGGCGAGAUGAACCUGAGCCGUGGUCUUGUGUGGUAAUCACCACCGGACCUUCAUCUAUUUCGUCUUCAGACCUUCACCUUGCAGCAACGAUGUUGGGUGCUCAGCUCAGCUCGUUUGCUUGGUUUGCAUGGCCCGCGUCCGUUGGUCUCGACGCAGUUUGGCUGGCGCAGUUUGCAAUUUUACCCAGACAUGGGCGCAGCACCAGAAAAUCACACACGCACACACACACUCACGCACACACGCGCGCAGAAACUGAAGGCAGGGAGCCGAGCCAGAAAGCGAAGCAGAAGAAGAAAAGAAAAGAUUCUGCACCACCAUCACCCACUGUCUCCAUCGUUCACCCCGUCCCCUUUGGCGUCGUGUCUGUGGCCGUCAAACGACACGACACGAUACUGGCGCGGGAUUGUCCCGAUGGUUCCUGGCAGCGUAGCAUGAGGUAGAGGGAGAGGUGGACCCGAGUACUUUUAGUCGCCUUUGCCCUGGUCGUCGACGUAGCUGCAACUGCACGUCUGAUGAACAUUUUGCCCACAGACUUCGCUUCCCGUGAUGUGCUUUGCUUCAUUGC